UGCAUUCACUAUAUCUGGUCUCCCCGGACCCUGCAUUCGCUAUAUCCGAUCUCCCCGGACCCUGCAUUCGCUAUAUCUGGUCUCCCCGGACCCUGCAUUCAUUAUAUCUGGUCUCCCCGGACCCUGUAUUCACUAUAUCUGGUCUCCCCGGACCCUGCAUUCACUUUAUCUGGUCUCCCCGGACCCUGCAUUCACUAUAUCUGGUCUCCCCGGACCCUGCAUUCACUAUAUCUGGUCUCCCCGGACCCUGCAUUCACUUUAUCUGGUCUCCCCGGACCCUGCAUUCACUAUAUCUGGUCUCCCCGGACCCUGCAUUCACUAUAUCUGGUCUCCCAGAACCCUGCAUUCACUAUAUCUGGACCCUGCAUUUACUAUAUCUGGUCUCCCUGGACCCUGUAUUCACUAUAUCUGGUCUCCCGGAUCCUGCAUUCACUAUAUCUGGUCUCCCACAGUACACAG